AUGGGGCUUAAAUCUGUUCGCCAUAGACCGGAAUCAAGCCAUUCGUCGGUUGAAACUGAUUCUGAAACUUCGAAUCAUGAUAUUGAUGUCGAAGUAGCGGAAUCUAGGCAUGGCGAGGAAGUUGCUUCUGUUGAAACGGCUCAACCAGUGGAGUCGUCGAAAGUGACAGAAUCUGCUGAAAUUAGGGAAGAGGUUUCAUCGAUUGGAAUUCCUGUUGUUGAAGAAAAGGACACUGUAGAGCAGCCUAACGUGUUGGAGAUCGCAAAGGAAGCUUUGAGCAUGCUUUCAAGAUCUCCGAAACCUACGUUGACGAAGUCAAUGAUAAUCGAAAGUAGGCUUAAACUUGCUGCUGCUGUUAAAAAUAGUGAAGAUCCGAAAGCCGGUGCAACUGAUUUACAAGAUAAAGAUGAAACUGUAUUGAAGCCGGCUCUUCGAUCGUCAAAGCGUACAAAGAUUUCUGAAGAUUCUUCUAUUGCUGCUGAACUCGCGAAAUUGAAGGCAUCGUACAAUGUUAAGAAACCAGCGAAGCGUGUUUCAUUUGAAAAAAGCAAAGAAGAUAGCCGUGUUGCAGAAUCUGUUGUUCCGGAGAAAAAUGUAAUAAAGAAGUCUACGAGUGGUGCAAAAAGAAAAGUGUCAUUUGAAUCGAUUAAUGACGACAAUGUGGCUGAUAAAACUGUGGAGAAAUCACCGAUAAAAAAGAAAGUUAUUAAGAGUGCCGCUAGUACGAAAAGAAAAGCUUCUAUUGAAACUUCUGAACAUGAAGAAGUUCAGGAGGAAAAAUCCAUGAAGGCUUAUAAGACUAGGGCAACUUCUAGUUCUGGAAAGAAACAAGUUUCUACUGAAACCUCUGAAUCUGAAAAGGUGGUUGAUGAUGUUUCCAUCAAGGCACCUAAGACUAGGUCAACCCCUGGUUCUUCAAAGAAAAAAUCUUAUACUGAAAGCAGUGAAUCUGAAAAAGUGUUGGAUGAUGGUUCCAUCAAGAUUUGGUCUCCUCGUUGGAAACUUGGAGACAUUCCUACCACAAGGGUUGAUCAUUGUCUGAAGUAUAAUGUUGUUGAUCAGUUGAGAAGCAAUUUGUCGGAAGGACAGCUGGAAUUGUUCAAGCAAACAUGUUUCGGCUUUGUUUUGGAAAUGCCCCCAUGUUUGUUUCAAGGGCAGGUUAUAAAUUCUUUGUUAGCGAGGCAGCUUAUUCAUCCAAAACAGAAUGAGAUGUGGUUUGGUGUUGGUGAGCAUAAAGUCAGAUUCAGCAUUGAAGAGUUUGCAGUUUUAACGGGACUGAAUUGUACUGGUGAAAUUCAGAAGGUAGGCUUUGAAGAUUCAGGCAAUUCGUUUGUUGAUAAGUACUUUUUCGGGAAGACGAAGGUUAAUAGGCAGUCUGUCAUUGAGUGUUUACUGUCGAAGCGAUGGCAGUCUGAUGAAGAUGCUGUCAGAAUUGCUUUUUUGUAUGUGCUGGAGAUUUAUUUUCUGUCUGCGCUUGAUUCUAAUCUUGUCGAUGGUCAUCAUUUGGAUGUAAUAGCUUUUGAGGACUAUAACUGUUACCCAUGGGGUAAAGAAAUCUUUUCUUAUACCCUGAACAGUUUGAAGACCAAGGACCUUUUAAAGAAGACCAAAAAAGAAGGGUAUUGCAGAUUGCUUGGGUUUCCUAUUAUUUUGCAGUAUUUAUUUUACGAGUGUUUCCCUUCUGUUGACGGUAAGAUAUGCAUGCUUGUGGGUAACAAAGUGCCAAGAUGCUUGAAUUGGACUUCAAGCAAAACUCCUGCCGUGAUCGAUUUGGAAACUGAUUUUUAUAAUCAUGGAUCAAAGCUUAAGUUUGAAAGAAUUGUACCUUCUGCGGAUGAGAAAAGAGUUUUAAUGCUGAAUGGCUUUUUUGCCUCUGAAAAGAAGAAGGGCAGUAUCCAGAAAGCUCAUACCGCUGACGAUGAUGAUCUUGCUGCUGUUAAUGAUGCGAAUGACCAUUCUUUGUCUUCUGCAUCAACACAAAAUCAACAGCAUAUCAACAGUCUGUCAAAGAGGGUUGGGAAUAUUGAAAAGCAGCUGAAAAGUGUUAUUCUUCAGCAGUCUGAGAUCAAGAAGGAUCUGAAAUCCUAUCAUGAUGAUAUUGAUAAUGGUAUGAUUGAAAUACAAGCUGUUUUGAAAGAUUUGGUCACCAAAAUGGACCGUUAUAUUGAAAAGUCAGAAAUUAUUAAGCGUGUUGACGAUAAGGAUGAUCGUGGUCAUAAAAGUGAUUCUUCGUCGGAAAGUGAUGACAAUAAUCAGAAUAAAGAUAAUGAUCUUAAUAAGGCUGAAGAUCUUUCUGCUUUGGAUAAUGCUAAUCAGGAAGAAGAAGAUAAAUCUGUGGAAGGUGGUGAAAGGAAGAUUGAAGAAGCUACGGACGAUGUUUCCGGGGUUGAUGUUGAUACAAAUUUGAACAUGAAUGAGGGAGAAGAUGUUUUUUUAACGGAUUCCCAGUUAACUCAGUUGGACGAACAAGUUGCGUCUCAUUGUAGGAGCCGUGAUCUUGCUUCUUCAAGUCAAGGAUCUGGUCAUACUGACCAGAUUGCAUUGCCUUAUAAUGAAGCUCCUUGUCCCUUGCUUGAUCUUGAGUACACUGAAAAUGAUGCAUUUAGAGACAUGGAAACUUUUAACUGGAUUGAGCAAGGAUGGAAUAAGAAAACUUGUUCGCUAACUGGAAAAUAUGCUGUAAUUACUCCUCCUUUCGAUAUUGGUGGUGAUUUAAUUACGAAGAAGAUUUUUUUUCACACAUUGAAUUUCUGUGGUGGAGAACUAUCUACUUCUCAUAUCGAUGUUAUCUUUUACUACUUGAGGAAGAAGAUUAAAUUGCUGUUUGACAACAAGAUGAAGUUUUGUACUACAGAUUCCAUUUUCAGUCAGAUUUUAGUAGCAGAAUAUUUUUCGUACGUUGCGUCUGGUUGUGCUGAAUUCAAAGUUACGUCUGGAAACUCCAUUCUUGAAUACUAUAAGGGAGGAGGUUGUCGAUAUAAUAAGAGUUGGUUGGAGGUGAAUGAGCUUCUAUGUCCCGUAAUCAUCUUAGACCCGAAUCAUUGGUUUCUCGUGCGGGUUAAUUUUGAAGAAUGCAAGGUGUAUGUCUACAAUUCCUACAAGACUGAAAAGAUUGAAGCAAAUAUUGAAAAAAUGAUAGGAGCUUUUACGCACUAUCUCCCUGUUUUUUUAAAACAAAUGAACUUCUAUUCGUCUAGGAAUGAUUCUGUAUCAUUUGCCUUAUCUUCUAGUUUCGACAGCAGAUAUUCUCCUUUCUCUUAUGAAAAUGUUGCUGAAGUGCCAAUUCAAAUUAAGAGUGAUUGUGGUGCUUUUACUUGUUUGUUCGCGGAGUAUCUAAUUCAUGGCAAGCCGAUUACUUCGUCAUUUUCGGAAGAUGAAAUGGAAAGGUACCGGAAUCGACUUUGUCAAGGCUUGAUUUCUUAUGCAAAGUGGAAGCUAGAAACUGAUUAUAAAAGUGACGUUGAAGGAACCGUCCAGCUUCGAAGAGAACUGAGGAGGAAUAAUGUCUCUUAUUAG